AAUGCCAAAGGGACAGACAACAACAACAUAAAAAGCAUAGAAAGCUGCUAAAAAUACUAGAGUUGCAAAGAAAGUCAUUAGAGCUAGAACUCAUUUCCAAAAUAGAUUCCAUACAGCUAAACCUUUGGCACUUGCAAGAAAACCAAAAUUCACUAGAUUGACAAGAUAAUUGAAACCCAUAAAUAAAGGUUUAGAUUUCUAAAAUGUCCUCAAACAUCCUCUUAUUACAGAAAAAGAUAUGAAGAAGAUGGAAGAUGAAAAUACCAUGGUCUUUUAUGUCAAUUAAAAAGCAACAAAACCAUAAAUUAAAAGAGCAUUCUCUAAAAUUUAUGAUGUUAAAGUAAGAAAAGUCAACGUAAUAUAUAAAUGCCUAUAUUCAGAUCUUAAAUACCUUUGGAGGCAAAAAGAAGGCAUACAUUAGAUUAGGAGGUGAAAAUGAUGCACUUAAUUUGGCCAAUAAAAUAGGAAUCAUUUGAGU